AUGCCUGAAAAGUCGAACGUGUCUAUAGGUACUGCGCCUCCGAUACAAUCAUCAAGUGGCACAUCGGGUCCUUUAAGAAACAAGUCAAUGUAUUGCAAACCUCCUUCUACUAUGACGAGUGUUGUAGAGGAACAAAUCACAGACAAGAAGGGUAUCCAUUUACCACCGGUUACAGACCGAGAAACGCUUUUGUCUCCGGAUAUAGCAGGACAUACACAAUGCCAGAAUGAGAUAAAGCCUUCCACUGAGGACAUUAAAGGCCUAGAACAAACCAACCAACCAGCCCACAUGAAAGCGCAACCAAAGCUGACAGAGGAGUUGAUGAAUAAUAGUAAGCUGGAAAAAAAGUCAAUUGAUCAGCUUGGUGCUAACCAUUUGAAAAAGGCCACCAAUCCUAGUAUUUCAAGCUUGAGAGCCUUAUCCCAGCCGAACUAUCCUACCACAUCAUCUACAAGCACAACAGUAACGAAGGGAUCAUCUAGAGCUGAAUUUUUUGCCGCUAAAUUACAUGAUGCAAUCAAACAUGACGUUAAAAACAACAAUGGAACGGUUGAAACUUUUGUUUACGAUGCUAACAGUGUCACCACACCAAAUACUGAACAGCAACUUCAAGAUGGGAACGAGAUGCUACACAGUUUGAAUAGAGAUUCAGAAAGACACAAACCUAGCAAUAUCAACAGCAAUGAAUAUCUACACAACCAUUCUACUGACCAGAUAGACACCGACAAUGUUAAGGAGAGGUUACAGGGUGUCUUUGCUACACCAGAAUCGCCAACCUCUACCAAGUUUACUGAGGAAAAUUUUGAUAUGAAGUCAGCUUCAUCUAUUGGGUCGAGAAAACAUCCAAGAAGGAGGUCGAAUAACCGACAAGGGGACCACAUACAAGCAAUGAGUAAAUAUGAUAGUGAUGAUAGGAAGUCAGUUAACCAGCUACGGCAAAUUACCUCGAGGCUAUUUGAUAACAAACCUGUUCAACCACGUCGAUAUUCAAAUUUAGAGGGCGAUUUCAAUGAUGACUCUUUUGAAGAUGAUUUGGAGUAUGAGCCCAGCUUAUCAUUUAUGGGGAAUAAUGAUCACUAUUCAAAUAUUUACAAGGAAAAUCAGCAGUUGCAACAACAACAACUGCAAAAACACCAGCAACGGCCACAGGCACAAUAUACAAACAACAAUCCGUAUGGGUUAUCAAUGAACGAAGGAAAUGCAGAUUAUGAUGACGUACUGUCAAAUGACUAUUUUGAUUUCGCCAAUAAUGAUAACUCCUAUAACUCCAACUACUGCCAGAAGCAAAAUAUAAUAGGAAAUGGCAUAAAUUUUCCUGAUUAUGGAAGUGUGGGUGAUAAAAAAAGAAUAUGGAGAAGAAACGAACAUCACAAUUCACCCCACGAUUUUACCUCUAAUCGUGUACAACGUUUGAAACAAAUUAGAAAUUUCUGCUACUCCUUAAGCUUAAUUAUAAUGUUAGUUUCUAUCGGAUUUGUUAGCGGAUUUAUUUUAGCUACAAACAAAGAAUUACAAAAUUUCAAAGUCUUGGAAGUUUCUAAUGCUAUUGUGAGCCAGGAAGAGCUUGUAUUUGACAUUUUAAUAAGCGCAUUUAAUCCAGGAUUGAUGUCCGUUACGGUCGAUUCUGCUCAACUGGAUAUUUUUGCUAAAACCCGUUAUGUGAAAUCGGACAAUUCAAAAACAAACUAUGAGACGAUAUUGUUAGGUACCAUUGAAAGUUUAGAAAUACCGCUUUAUUUUCAAGGGGGCUUUUUGAAUAGAAAGAGAGACAGAAGUGAUACACAAAUUAAAAUAAAAAAUCCAUGUUCUUAUGAUCACGAUUUUGAUGAUGAUAAAGAAGAACAAGUUAAAACUUUUGACGAAUUUGAUAAUAAAAAAUAUCAGGACCUUGGCCACGGUAGGCCGGGUUCCAUGAACCUACUUCCUAUUUCUCAUAGUCCCGACCCUCGAUGGCUAAAUAUAUCUCGACAUCCAUUUGAUUUGCUUAUAAGAGGUGCAAUGAUGUAUAAGCUACCGCUCUCUUCGCAAAACCAUACAGUUUCCAUUAGUUACACGAGUUACAUCGAUCCGGGGGAUGACUUUAUAGAUUAUUAA